AUGAUUGACCUACGCAGGCGGGCGCGCUCCCUCGAGGAAGAGCUCACCAGGCUUGCCGACAGCAAUGCCUCCGGCGCCGAGCUAGCUGCGCUGCUCCAAGAGUACCGCGCCGCCUGCGAGAACGUCAUCUUCGCCGACUUCGAGCACGCCUCGGCCCACGCCGUCGAACAGCAGCUAUGGAAUGCGCACGUAAAGGUCAAUGGCGUCUUCAGGAAAGAGAACCGCUCCCUCAAGCGCAACAAGGAGCGCGUCGUCGAGCUCCGCAAGCUCCAGAAGAACUAUCUGCAGUUCAUCAAGGCCAGCCAGCGCUUCUACCGCCAGUACGUCCUGAACCUCGACGCCCAAUUCGAGGGCAUUCCCGAGCUGCGCAAGAUCGCCCGCAAGUGGAAGGAUGACGCUUCCCGCACCUCCUUGCGCCGCCGCAUCCCCGCCUCCUUCAAGAGACAGGUCUUGCAGUCCUGUCACCAUACGCUGAUCCAGCUGGGCGACCUCUCCCGCUACCGGGAGACCGAGCUCGGCGACGAGAAAGACCGCAAUUGGGGUCCGGCAAAGGGAUAUUAUGGUCUUGCCGCCGAGAUUUACCCAGAGUCGGGACAUUCGCACAACCAGUUUGCCGUCAUCGCGCGCGAGGAUGGUAAUCAUUUCCGCGCUGUUUACCACAUCUACCGCUCCCUUGCGAGCAAGCAGCCGUAUCCCCAGGCUAAGGCGAACCUCGAAUUGGAGUUCAAGAGGAUCGUGAACGCUUGGGAGAGAGGCGAACUCAUCAAUAACCACAAGUCUCCGGACGGAAACACCGCUGGACGAGCCCUCAUUGCCUGGUUCGUUCGCCUGCACAGCAAGUGCUACAAGGGCGAAGACUUCAAAGAGCACGACGAGUUGGAGGGCGAAGUGCUCAGCCAUCUCGCCAUUGAGCUCAAAGAGCGCCCAUUGGAUGCCAUUUUGCACAGGAUCAUCCUAAUAAACUUAGCGGCCGAAUACUUUGCGACCGUUCAGAUGCAAGGCUCAAACCCGCCGCCCAAUAUCUUGCGCACCUAUUUCUACUUUCUUCGUCUUAACGUCAAGACAUUUUUCACCUUGCUCCAAGUCAUGCAGCCGGAGCUCGAACGCCUGUCCGAAGGCGAUGAUGUCACGCAUCAUAAUGGCGAUCGCCCACCACAGCUUUCCGACAAAAUCACCGCUGUUGCGCGCCGCGUACUCCCUGGACUACGUCUGUACAGCACGUGGUUUGCCCGCUUCUGGAACGUUCUUGAAGCAAGUCUCGCCGAUACAUUGUCCAAGGUUGAGGUCCAAGAGUUGUGGAAAUCCUAUGCUGAAACGUUAUCGCUCCUUGCUUCGAGCUUCCCCGCGGAUCGGCUCCCUUCGGACAGCUACAUGUUGGAAGAAGACACCGACACCAUCGGAUUCCAGCCUUUGGUUUCGCCGGAGACGCUGAAGUUGUGGUACAAUGGUGGCGACAUGAAGCAGAAGUGGACCGACCUCGAGCGUAACCACCCCAAUAUCGAGAUGCUCAUGCGCAUUCGGGAUCUGCUAGUUGAUGGCCUCGUUUUGACUCAGAACUCCGAAGCGCCGCUAGACUUGGAUGGCUCUCGCUUCAUCUAUCGCGAGGCAGGCCUUCCUUCCGAGCUUCUUGCCAGUCCGAACAACCGCGUUGAUGGUUCUCCCGCUAUCCCUGCCGAGACAAUGGACUUCCCGUUGUUCCCCCAGGAGGCGCCAAUCCCGGACGAUCAGAAGUCGUACAGCGUUGCUGCAGCCUCGGAAUCAGCAUCUACUACGCUAGCGAAAGACCCGGCAAUGAAUCGAAUGGUAGAUGAUUUGGUUGGCCCAGACGAGGGCCUAGAUCCGUUGCCCGAAGAGGACGAGAACAUUCCGCCUACGCCACCUGAACAGACUUUCGACGACACCACCAUGGUCAGCGAUAGCACAUACGGGCCUACCACUUUCUCUAUUAGUGACAUCGUCAAUACGGUACAGAACUACAAGAGCACGACCGGAUCUCCAGCCCCAGCCGCACCCCUGUUUUCCACACCGAUGAACAGGGGCGCUUCUUCGUCUUCGAUUCGUCAACCUGCAAACCUUCCUUCUCUUCCCGACGGGCAGUGGAACUCCAACUCCAUCUGGAAUCGGAACUACAGCGGCACCCCUGGCCCUGCAUCACCCUUGCUGCCUAGUAGUGUCGACCUGCGUAGCUCGCCCAUAAACGGCAUGCAGGUAUCUGGUUUGUCCGGGCAUGCUCGAGGCGACUCUGCGAAUUCGCUCCGCAGCUCAGAUGUCACUAUCCCCGCUGAUGUCCGAGCUCCACGUCCCGCCUCUGGAGGUCUAGGCAGUGGCGCCGCUUGGGGAAACCCUGCUGCUCACUGGAGCUCUGUUUACGGCAACGGUUCUGUCUAUGGGAACAGCGCCAACAUCAGCAACUACCAACUGCCCGGUACCAAUGCCGACUUCAACCUCGCGAGCCCGUUGCUCUGGAACAGCUCGUAUGCUGAGAGGGGGCACAGCUCUUACCGUCACACACCGCCAAAUGGCCAAGCUGGUUGA